AUGGCGAGCUUGGGAGAACCCAUGGACCUUGACGUUGAGUCCCCCAAAGAGGAUGAAGCGUGGCCCAUAGCCAAUGAAAGCCUUACUCAAGAACUCCUCGAACUGCUCCGACACGCCGCGUACACCCGUCAAGUCAAGAAGGGUUCAAAUGAAGUGCUGAAAAAUAUCAACCGAAACAAAGCCAAACUCGUCAUUCUAGCCGCUGAUACCCAACCCCUCAUGAUCGUCGCACACCUCACAUCCUACUGCGAAGAAAAGGACAUUCCUUACGUUUACGUACCGAGUAGGAACGCAAUUGGACGAGUCUGUCGAGUAACUUGCCCCAUAUCUGCGGCAUGCAUCAUCUCCGACGAGGAUAGUGAAUUGACCGGCAGGCUUCAGAGGGUGAAGGUCCAGGUGGAGAGUCUUUUUAUCUAG